CACCCUACAGUUCUCUUUCAUAUUUCCUACACCUCCAGAUUCUCUCCCGGCAUCCUACUUCUUCUUAACCCACUCACUAGUCACUUCUCAACUCUCCCGGCCAACAGGCCAGAGAUAAAGCUAGUUACAAUAAAAAUACAAGUCAAAGAUCCAAACUCAUGAUUUAUUCAAACCUUGGCAAAAGUUGUGAUUGUCGAUAAAAAGUUAUUCAGAUGAGUCAUUGAGUACUCUCGUCUUUGCUCCAUCUCUUUGGCACUGUGAAGUAGCUCUUCAAUGGCGAAGAACUAUGCGAGGGAGAACAUACCACUCUCCCACUUCGGUGUGUUAGUGGCGCAGUUGGAAUCGCUGGUCGCUUCCGCAUCGCAGAAAAUCCCCGAGCCUCUCCUCUGCUUCGAUCUGCUCUCCGAUCUCAUUUCCGCCAUAGAUGAGGAGCCCAAGGAUUCGAUCCUUCUAUGGCAAAGAAAAUGCGAGGAUGCAUUAUACGCAUUACUUGCUCUGGGGGCAAGACGACCUGUUCGGCAUUUGGCGUCAGUAGCCAUGGCAAAUAUAAUAUCUAAAGGAGAUAGUAUCUCGAUAUACUCAAGAGCAAGUAGUCUCCAAGGGUUUCUUGUUGAUGGAAAGAAGAAUGAACCUCUGAAAGUUGCUGGGGCUGCACAAUGCUUGGGAGAACUAUAUCGGCGUUUUGGAAGAAAAAUUACUUCAGGCGUGCUUGAAACAACAUCAAUUGCGACCAAACUGAUGAAGUAUAGUGAGGAGUUCGUGAGACAAGAGGCUCUCCUUAUGCUUCAAAAAGCUUUGGAAGGAUCAGGUGGUAGCGCAAUGGCUUCAGCAUAUACUGAAGCAUACCGUGUUAUCACACGCUUUGGCAUUACAGAUAAGUCAUUUAUAGUCAGAGUUGCUGCGGCUCGCUGUCUGAAGGCGUUUGCGAGCAUUGGAGGUCCUGGUUUAGGAGCUGGAGAACUUGAGAGUUCCGCAUCUUAUUGUGUUAAGGCUCUUGAGGAUCCUGUAUCGUCUGUCAGGGAUGCGUUUGCUGAUGCUUUGGGUUCCCUGCUUGCUCUUGGAAUGAAUCCUCAAGCACAGGUUCAACCCAAGGGUAAAGGUCCUUCCCCCCCUGCAAAAAAGCUAGAAGGAUGUCUGCAAAGGCAUUUGGCUGUGCCCUUCACGAAAGCUGGUGGAGCUCGUUUGAAGGAUGUGCGGAUUGGUGUCACUUUAUCCUGGGUAUCCUUUUUGCAGGUGAUACGUCUGAAGUAUUUGUAUCCGGAUAGCGAUCUCCAAAAAUAUGGGCUGAGGGUUAUGGAAAUGCUUCGCAAUGCUAGUUCAGUUGAUGCCCAUGCGUUGGCAUGUGUGCUCUAUGUCCUGCGAAUUGGGGUGACUGAUCAGAUGACAGAACCAACUCAGAGGGGGUUCUUGGUUUUCCUAGGAAAACAGCUCAGGUCUUCUGGUGCCAGUCCUUCGAUGAAAAUUGCCGCUUUGCGUACCAUGUCGUACACUUUGAAAACGUUGGGUGAGGUACCCAUUGAGUUUAAAGAAGUUUUUGAUGAUGCACUUGUCGCUGCAGUAUCUCACCCUUUGCAACUUGUGCGAGUUGAGGCUGCUUUGACAUUGCGUGUGUUGGCUGAGGUUGAUCCUACAUGUGUGGGUGGUUUGGUUUCUUAUGGGGUGACCACACUAAGUGCCUUGAGGGAAAGUGUUUUAUUUGGAAAGGGAGCCACUGUGAAAGUUGAGCUUGAUUCUUUGCAUGGACAAGCUACUGUUUUGGCGGCUCUAGUUGCUGUAUCACCAAAGUUACCUCUCGGUUAUCCGGCAAGAUUGUCCAAGUCAGUGUUUGAAGUGUCCAAAAGAAUGCUGACCGGAUCUAGUCGGAAUCCUACUGCUGCGACUGCUGUGAAUGAGGCUGGUUGGUUGCUUCUGUCAUCACUUUUGUCUUCCAUGCCAAAGGAGGAACUUGAAGAUCAGGUAUUUGAUAUUCUUUCUCUAUGGGCUACUCUCUUUAGCAAAAGUCCUGAGCAUGAAACAAAGCAGGGAGGAGAUUUGACAUCUAGGAUCUGUGUGUGGUCUGCUGCUGUUGAUGCGCUUGCAGCAUUUGUAAGAUGUUUCAUAACUUCCAGUAGCGUUGACAAUAGUAUUAUGCUGCAGCCAGUUUUGGUUUACCUUAGUAGUGCUCUGUCUUACAUAUCGGUGCUACAAAGAAAAGACCCAUCAAAGAUUAAACCAGCAGUGGACGUAUUCAUUAUCAGAACUUUAAUGGCUUAUCAAUCCCUUCCUGACCCAAUGACAUAUAAGAGGGACCAUCCUCAGAUUAUGCAACUGUGUACCAUUCCAUUUAGAGAGGCAUCUAGAUGCCAGGAAAACUCCUGCUUAAGGUUGCUAUUGGACAAGAGGGAUGCGUGGCUGGGACCUUGGAUUCCUGCAAGGGAUUGGUUGGAGGAUGAAUUACGUGCUUUUCAAGGCGGCCAAGAUGGCCUUGUUCCUUGUGUAUGGGAAAGUGAACUUUCCAGUUUUCCUCAGCCUGAAACAAUAAACAAGAUGUUGGUCAACCAGAUGCUACUCUGCUUUGGGCUCAUAUUUGCCACUCAGGAUACUAAUGGGAUGGUAUCAUUUCUUCAAAUGAUCGAGCAGUGUCUAAAAGCAGGGAAAAAGCAGAUAUGGCAUUCAGCCAGUUUGAGCAAUAUAUGUGUGGGGCUUCUUUCUGGACUGAAGGGUUUGAUUGCUUUACGUCCUCGACCGUUGGCACUUGGGAUCUUAAGUCUAGCGCAUGGCAUUUUUCAGAGUAUUCUGGCAGAAGGGGACAUCUGUGCAUCCCAGCGCAGAGCAUCAGCAGAGGGUCUUGGUCUUUUAGCUCGCCUUGGAAACGACAUUUUCACUGCCAAAAUGACUAGGUCACUUCUUAGCGAACUGGCAGUGGCUACAGAUUCAAACUAUGCUGGAUCAAUGGCUUUCGCUCUUGGCUGUAUCCAUCGCAGUGCAGGAGGGAUGGCAUUGUCUACUUUAGUGCCACCAACAGUGAACUCAUUGUCAACAUUAGCGAAAAGUCCUAUCACUGGAUUGCAGAUUUGGUCUCUACACGGACUUCUUUUGACCAUUGAGGAUGCAGGAUUCUCAUAUGUAUCUCAUGUCCAGGCUACACUUGGCCUUGCUACGGAUAUUCUCUUAUCUGAAGAAAAUGGAUUGGUUGACCUUCAACAGGGAGUUGCUCGCCUUAUCAAUGCGAUUGUUGCUGUUCUUGGUCCCGAGCUUGCCCCUGGCAGCAUUUUCUUUUCACGCUGCAAGUCUGUCAUUGCAGAGAUAAGCUCCUGGCACGAGACGGCAACGCUACUUGAGAGUGUCAGGUUCACUCAACAACUUGUUCUGUUUGCCCCACGAGCUGUUUCUGUGCACUCCCAUGUGCAAACUCUUCUAUCGACUCUGUCCUCAAGACAGCCCACCUUAAGGCAUGUUGCUGUUUCAACCCUAAGACAUCUCAUUGAGAAGGACCCAGUUUCAAUUAUUGAUGAGCAGAUAGAAGAUAAGUUAUUUCACAUGCUGGAUGAGGAAACUGAUUCUGAGAUUGGGAAUCUGGUACGUGCCACUAUAAUGCGGUUGCUCCAUUCCUCCUGUCCUUCAAAACCAUCUCACUGGAUUUCAGUAUGUCGUAAGAUGGUUCUUUCUACUUCAGCAAUGAGGGAUACAGAAAGCAAUCACGUGGGAAGUAAUUCGCUCAGUGGUCCAGACAACGAUUCAAAGCUGAAUUAUGGAGAGGAUGACGAAGAUAUGGUAUCUAACUCAAAAGGGACACCAGAUCCUGGUUAUGAAUCGGAAACCUCGGCUGUAAAUCACAACAGAGUCAAGCAGCUCAGAUAUCGGACCAGAGUCUUCGCGGCUGAAUGCCUGAUUCGUCUACCUGAUGCCGUGGGAAAGAACACUGCUCAUUUUGACCUCUCCUUGGCAAGGAGACAAAAUAAUGAGCAGUGCAACGUGGAUUGGCUUGUGCUCCAUCUUCAAGAACUAAUUUCACUCGCUUAUCAGAUAAGCACUAUCCAGUUUGAGAACAUGCGUCCAAUUGGUGUGAGAUUGUUAAGUACUAUUGUGGACAAGUUUGAAGCUGUGUCCGACCCGGAACUUCCAGGUCACCUUCUGAUGGAACAGUACCAGGCACAAUUAGUAUCAGCUGUUCGUACUGCACUAGACAUAUCCUCAGGCCCUAUACUUCUGGAGGCAGGGCUGCAAUUGGCAACUAAGAUAAUGACCAGUGGGAUACUGGGAGGUGAUCAAGUUGCAGUUAAGAGGAUAUUUUUAUUGAUUUCUCGACCUCUGGAUGAAUUCAAGGACAUAUACUAUCCUUCAUUUGCAGAAUGGGUCUCAUGCAAGAUCAAGAUACGACUUCUGGCCGCUCAUGCCUCCCUCAAAUGUUAUGCUUAUGCUUUUUUGAGGAGGCAUCAAAGUGAAGUCCCAGACGAGUAUUUAGCACUACUGCCAUUGUUUUCAAAGAAUUCCAGUAUUUUGGGAAAGUACUGGAUCCAUAUUAUGAAGGAUUACAGCUACAUUUGCUUACAAUUGAAGCUUAAGAAACAGUGGAAUCUUCUUGAUGAAAUUCAGUCACCCCUAGCUUUGGCAAAAUUGCAGCCAAUUCUGGAAGAAGUCUGGCCAAUAAUUUUACAAGCGCUUGCACUUGAUGCAGUUCCUGUAAACUUUAAUACCAAUUGUGCAUCGGAUGCUGAAAAUGUGCCAAACAACAGUUUGAUAUCAGGAUAUAGCAUGGUUCAACUGGAUAUGGAAGACUAUCAUUUUGUCUGGGGGUUCGCUUUACUUGUUUUAUUCCAGCGACAUCAUGUUGCCCAAUGUAGAAGAAUAAUACCAGUGACUUCUGCAAAAGUUACGCAUGGUGCUGAUUUGCCUGUUGAUGAAAAAAAUUUGACAACCUUAAAGCUGCAUGAAGUUGUUCUUCCGGUGUUCCAGUUUCUUUCUUCACAAAGAUUUUUCGCUGCUGGGUUCCUUACUGUGGAUGUUUGCCGGGAACUCCUGCAGGUUUUUUCGUAUUCCAUUUAUAUGGACAGUUCUUGGAGCAGUCUUGCGUUAUCAGUUCUUUCACAGAUUGUGCUGAACUGUCCUACAGAGUUUUUUGAAGAACAGAGUUUUGGUAAUCUAGUCAUGGAACUUAUUUUCGCAUACAUCUUCAAUAUUUUACGAAGUUCCGAAAUUUCUCCAGAGCAUUCAAAUUGGGAGGAAUUAACAUCUCCAAUAUUCACUACAGCUAAAACUGUUGUUAGGCGACUUAGCACGAAGAACCAACUGAAGUCGAUAGUGUUGCCGUUUACAUUAGUCAGCUGUAAAUGUGUUAGAGAAGUUGCAACUGAGUUGUCUUUUUCAACAAUUAAUGACUUUUCUAAGUGUACCAGUCCCUUGCUGAAGGCCCUUGUCAAAGGGCCUGAAAUCAGGUGAAGAAUGUGAAGUAAACGUCCAGAGUCGCAUGAAUGAAUAUAUGUAUCACUGGCAGUUGGGGUGCUUAGGCUUGAUAUGUUGGAAAACGGCACGUCGCCAUUCAUCAGCGUUGAGGUUGAAAUAUUCCUGUGCCAUUACUGUGCUCUUAUUCUAAAGCUAAAUGCCAUAUGCUAUGAGCAAAGACAGAUUUAUUUGAUUAUAGAACCUAAGUAAUUAGGAUAUCCUAACUUGCUUAAGUAGAUAGUUUAUUUGAUAUUUUCUGCCCAGUGAUUUUUUGCUCUUCAUCCUACCUUCAUUAUGUGAAUCGUUGCCGUAGCUUCAUGCAAGGGCGGCGGACUAAAGUAUACAUGUUAUAUGGCUUUUGGAUUUGAGAGAUGCAUUUGAACAAAAAUGAAGGACAAACAAAAUAUUAAUUAGAAUAACCGAACUUGGAAUAGCUCUUGAGCUACUGCACUUGAUGUUGUCAUUACUGACCAUUGCCGUGCUUUGAGCAGUAUUCUCCGAGCUUUUACCUCGUGGAAAGCGCUGUCCAUCCUCUUUUUUACUUGAGUCUUUGUAGUACUUUUAAGUCUAGCCUCAGCCAUUUCAGAGGAAAAGGGUACUUCACUAAUUUAUGUGCAUGAUGUGCACUCAGAUUAUUCAGCCAAAUUUUCAGUGAGUUUCACAAGUGAGGCAUUAUAGAACUGGCUUUAAGUUUUAUAUGCUAAUGUAUGUUAUAAUAACAGAUUCUUUGAAACAAGGUGAUGACCAUCUGAGAGCUCUCCUUGCAACUUCUCAGCAUGCUAUCACUGUCUUGGCCAAAGAUUGUAUAAUGGGCAUGCAUCAUCUGAAGGAGAGCAGCUCUGACUUACGCAAGCUACUGCAAUUGAAGUUAUCUUUUUCUGUUGAACAAACUGUGUCGAUUGCCAAGCUAGCCCACGAAUCUUGCCUUGGUGAAGAAAUUGCAGAGAAAGGUUCCAUCUGUUUCUUGGUGUUCAGUCGUUGUAUAGACUCUCUCCAUGUGGUGCUCAAUGAUGCAGAUCUGCAGGUGCAAGUAAUUGGACUACAAGUGCUAAAAAGCAUGCUACAGAAAAGCACUAAUGAAGAUGACAGAGCAUUCCUCAUGCUUCUUAGUGGAGAAGUUAUCUUGGAUGUUUUCACAAUAAUACAGUCAAUGUUGAAGAAACCUGUAAGUAAAGAAGCAGUAGCUGUUCUCCCAGAGUGCUUGAGGUUCCUGGUGCUUCUGCAAACACUCUCAACAUCCAGUGAAAGUCAAAGAAGCUUUAUGAUUUUGUUUCUGAGAGCUAUCAUUAUGAUCUUCUUGUCAUCCGAGAAUGAUUAUUCCCAGGAAUGUGAUGAUGUGAAAGCCACAGCUAUAAGGCUUGUGUCCCAAGUUGUUCAAAUUCCUUCAUCUGCUGCUCACUUCAGGAACGUUUUAGUGUCAAUGCCUGUUGCACAUAGGCAGCAACUUCAGGGAAUUAUUCGUGCAUCAGUAGCACAGGAUCAGGGUGUGUCUCCGAUGAAGUCCGCAGCACCCUUGGAAAUAAAAUUACCAGUGCCAAAGGAUUCUCAGCCUUCAGUUGUGAAGAUACCCGAAGCAACAAGUACAGUUAAAGCUUCUGUGCCUGCUGAAAUUUCUAACCAAAACACUGCACUAGAGGAUGAUGAAGAAGAGGACGAUGAUGACUGGGAUACUUUCCAGUCUUUUCCUGCCUCCAAUGAGGAAGCCAUAACCUUCUCAAAAUCAGAUGACACUGAUGUAGAGGAACAUAUAAUAGCCGACUCUGAAAAUGAAGCAUCUCAAACUGAAAACGAUUGUAAAGAAACCAGCAUUCUGGUGGAUAAUGACUCGAGCAAUGCAGAACCAAGUUCUAUCAACAAUCAAGGAGUAGUGGACCUUGAAUGCCCAGGUGAUAAAAUCAAUGUAGAGGAGCAUGAAGAAGCUAAAGAAGAUGCUGUUGUAUACACAAAGGUAACCACAGAUGAGAACAAAGACAAUGGCAUUAGCCCAGAUAUUGAUGACGGCUCGAAAGUGUCAGAAACAAGAGAUCAUGAAUUGGGCAGUCGAUCUGACAGCAGAAAGCCACCUGAUGGGACUGAGGAAGUCGAGACGGCUACCUGAAAGACGAACCCUGAACAAAGAAAUGGUUCCUUUGCAUCGAGUGUAUUGCUGAUUUGAUGUAAAGUUUUUAGAUCAGGAGUUGGCUUUUACAAGGUCCAAUUUUGCAGGUGGAGUUGUCGAUGUUCUUCAUAAGCGCUGUAGGAUAGUAUACAGAAUACGAGGGGUUUUAGUGUGAAAUGCAUACGGUUUCAACUGUUAAGGACCCAGAGAAAGACGGCUGAAAUCCAAGAACGAAACGGAACUUUUAGGUCGGAUGAGUCUAUUUUAAGUCUGUAAUUGUAUUAAGUGUUUGUACUUGGCCAAUCCAAGACUGAGUGAGUACUAUUGUAUAACGAUUUUAUUGGAUCAGCUGGGCUUUGUGAUCUCAUGAUCAUGGUGAAUUUGCCAUAAUUUUAUUCAUCAA